AUGUCUGGCAACGCUUCUUCCUCCUCCACAUCUUCAACUCUUUUGCGGUCGAUUACCCCGCCCAUUGGUAAGCAAAAUGAAGGGAAGGAAGAAAAAGACGCAGCACCCCAACAAAUCUUCACCACUCCUUCGAAUACAACAAACCAACAACAAUCUAACGACCAAACCACAUUAUUACCUUCUGUUGCAGUUAAACGACGACCUGCAGUGCCACCAAAACCGCAACUUGAUAUCGUUCGUUUCAGUAUGGCACAGGCGAAAGAUGAAGUUGACUUGGACACAAUCUUAACUGAAUUGCUUGAGCUUGAAGAACAACUAAGUGGUGAGGCGGGUGAUAGGCUUGUUCUAGGUCUUCCAACAUUACCAUCAUCUAAACUAAAACUACCAACAUUGUCAAAAGAUACACAACCAACAACGAAAUUGCCAUCUCCACAGAUGGUCAAUCAAGAACAACAACAACAGCAUGUUCAAUUUCAAUUAAUCACUGGAAAUUCUAAUGUAAACGGAAAAUCCUCUUCUAACGACAACAGAUUUAUUUCUUUGAAUAAUUCUCACUUCCAUCAUACUAAAACAAAUGGAUUAGAUUUUAGUGAUUGUUUCAAUCCGGCUGAUACUGAUUCAGCAUUUGGAGAUUCUUCUUCAACAGAAUCCACAUCGCACAUGCCUGCUGGUGGAAAUGCUUUAUUAUUGCCUAAAAACGUGGCUAAUUGUAAUUCAGAAUUUUCUAGUGCUGAUAGUUUUCUUGGUUCUACACCAUCACCUACUAGACAGGUUAUUUUGAAUAAUAAUCAACAAAAUGGAGGCGCUCGAUUGUUAUCUUAUCCAACUUCGUCGUCAUUUUUGGGAGGAUCAAGGCCACCAUCUUCAGCUGGUUCGUACAAUUCUGCCAUUACAAUCUCGAAAGAUGAAAACAAAAAGGCUAAAAUACGUGAAGCAUUGGAAAAAAUGAAAGAGGCUAAAAUGAAAAAGAUUUUUGUUAAAAUAUUCUUAGAAGAUGGAACUCAACGAGGAAUUUUAAUUGAUGAACGUUGGACUGUUGCUGAAACAAUGAAACAAUUGGCUAUUAAAAUUAAUUGUGUGUUAACUCCUGAACACGCAAUUGUUGAAGAAUAUCCAAAAUUAUUAAUUAAACGUAUUUAUGAGGAUAAUGAAUUCACUGUGGAAAAUUUGGAAGAGUGGGGUGAGAAUUCACCUAAUGAACUUCAUUUUAUUCGUUUACCUUAUAAAUGGUCAAUUUUUCAUUCUCCUCAACAAUUUCUUUUGACUGAUCGAAAUCGCAACGAUUUUCCUUGUGCCAAUAGUGUUGCUAAUUGGGAUUCAUUACAGAAGCAACGUUUGUUGGAAAGUUAUAUGGGAGAUGAGAAUGGUGGUUCUGGUGGCAGAGUUCCAGAAUUGGAGGGAUGGCUUUUACUUAAAAUGGAUGGAAAAAAGUCGUGGAGAAGACAUUUUUUUGUUCUUAGAGCUUCUGGUCUAUAUUAUGUCUCAAAGCCUGGAAAGACACGUGGUCCAACGCGCGAUCUACAAUGUCUUAUGAGUGUUUUUAAUAAUCAAGUAUAUAUUUGUACUGAUUGGCGUAAGAAAUACAAGGCACCAACCGAGUGGGGAUUUGCAAUAAAACAUCCGCGUGUUCAAUUAAAAACCAGUAAAUUUGUUAAAUAUAUUUGUGCUGAAGAUCAACAUACUUUUAAUCAGUGGGUUAAUGCUCUUCGUAUUAUCAAGGUUUUAAAGAUAUUUUUUAUCAUCCCUUUUCUUUUGGUAUGUCAAACUUUUAUAAAGUAG